AUGGACGAGGAAAAAAAAUGGGAGGACAGGACAAAUGCCGACUUCAAUACUGGCGACUUCAGUCCUUGUUUGGAGUGGCUGGAGUUGCAGGGGCUGAGGCAACGCGUAAAGAAUGUCAGUCAGCAGUUGGAUGCCGUGUUCCACAAAAUAAUUGCUGAACAUGAGCAGCGCAAAGGGAGGUGUAGCGCGGAGGAGGAGGACGAGGAGCGACAUAAGGACUUGGUUGACGUGCUUGUGGACACGGAAAUCACACUAAAAAAUAAGAAGGCUAUCCUUAUGGAUAUGUUUGUUGAUGGAGUAGAGACAACCGCUACUACAUCGGAAUGGAUAAUGAGUGAAUUAGUGGCAAACCCACAUGUGAUGAAGAGAUUACAAGAAGAAAUUGAUUUUGCAGCUCGAAAGAAUGAGAAAAUAAAAUUGUCUAAUAUUGCAACCAUGGAUUACUUGCAUUGUGUGGUGAAGGAGACAUUCAGAUUGCAUCCAAUAAGCCCCUUGCUCAUACCUCAUGAAUCCAUGGAAUCUUGUAUUGUUGAAGGACCUCAUCAUCACUACUCGAUACCAAAAAAGACAAGGAUUGUCAUUAAUGAUUGGGCUAUAGGAAGAGAUCCAAGUGUAUGGGAAGAUCCCUUGGAAUUUAGGCCUGAGAGAUUUGUGGGUAAAUAUUUUGAUAUCACCAUAGAUCCAGAUUUAAGAAUAGUUCCUUUUAGGACCGGAAGGAGAGUCUUCCCUAGUGUUUCUAUGGCCAUUGCCAAUAUUGAGAUUGCAUUGGUACAUCUUGUCAACUACUUUAACUGGAGAAGCAAAGAGGAGUUAGACAUGAAUGAAUCUUUUGGAUCCACCAUUCCUUGA